AUGGAUUUGGAAAUUAUCCUGGAUGCAUCCACUAGUCGUCAGCAAGUAUUUGAGCAUCAACGUGAGCUGGCACUUUCGCUGAUCGAACGCUUACCUAUUGAUGCUGACGCAACUCAUGUUGCUGUUGGGAUUAAUUCAUUUACUUCGGUACCAACACUGCGCCAAACGCUUGGUCUGGGAAGAGAUAAACAGAUGGUGCGUCAUGCCAUCGAAGACAUAAAGUAUAACGGAGGAAGUACUUUUACGGCUCAAGCGGUCGAAUUGUCUGUUGAAGAUCUGCGUCGCGGAAGGCGUCCGGAUGCCAUCCAGGUAGUGGUGUUAAUGAACGAUGGUAUAUCGCAAGAUCCGUGGGAAAAAGUGCUCCAAGCGAGUGAGUUACUGCAGUCAACCGGCGCUGAACUAUUUGGCGUCGCUUUGGGCGAUAAAAUCGAUUUGCGCGAACUGCACCGCUACAUCGGAAGUGAUGAACGAAUUUUCAGGGAUAAUUCAACCGAACGGUUUGAUAUGCUAACUCAUGGCCUUAGUAUUACAAAAUUACCCAGGUAA